AUGUCGAGUGUAUGCAAUCCUUCUGGAGCUAUUUUGUCAAAGCGAACGAAUCGGCAGCAAACUGCUGAUGAGAAGACACCACGAAAAAACUACAGCGAGCAGUUCGUGCGAUUGGUAGCACAGGCACGGCGAAUUCUGCACAGAAACAGUUGGAUUCUAAAUAAUGCGAAUUAUCGGAAGGCAAUGCAGCGCAUCUCGAGCAACGAUGAGAAAUCAGUGGAUAAUAAACAACAAAAAAAAGAGUGA